AUGCCACGAGACUACUAUGAAGUGCUCGGGGUUCAGAAGAGUGCGGAAAAGCGGGACAUCGAAAAAGCGUACAAGAAGUUAGCGUUAAAAUGGCACCCGGACAAGAAUCCUGAUCGUCCUCAGCAUGCCGAGAAAAUGUUCAAGGAGAUCAACGAGGCGUAUCAGAUCCUCACCGACGACCAGAAGAGAGCUCGAUACGAUCAGUUCGGACACGAAGGCGCCAACAUGGGAAUGGGUGGAGGCGCUAGGCAUGGAGGGAUGUACGCGCAGGAGUACGUGGAAGCUGCUGAUGCGAGAGAGGAGCGUGUGACAUGCUGUGUGGCAGGAUGA